UUUCCUUAAAACAGUUUGGAUCUAAUGGGGCAAGACAAAAAAGUUUUCACUAGAACUACAGAGUAACAAUAACAUUGAUAACAAGAAGAAAAAAAACAAGUUGUCUUCUGGAUUUUCAAUCUCUUGUAGAAGCAAAAAGCAGCAACAAAAUCUGUUUUGUCUUCUGCGUUCACCUCAAAAUGAAGAGAUCUACAUGGACUUUGAGUGUGUUGUUAUUCCUACUACUGUCUACAGGACACUGUAUAGAAAAGUCUAAACUCAAUAAAAUAUCCCCAAAGAGACACCCUCGUUCAACAGACGGUGGAGAGGAAGGGAAAAAAUGUGGUUACACGUUCUUGGUUCCUGAACAAAAAAUAACAGGACCAAUUUGUGUAAACACCAAAGGACUAGGAGCAGAUAACAGAAAAGAUGAAAUCACAAGGAUGGACAUAGAGAACCUGAAGGAAGUAUUGUCCAAGCAGAAGCGGGAGAUUGAUAUCUUGCAGCUAGUGGUGGAUGUGGAUGGAAAUAUUGUGAAUGAGGUAAAAUUGCUGAGAAAAGAAAGCCGUAACAUGAACUCCCGGGUCACUCAGCUUUACAUGCAGCUCUUGCAUGAGAUAAUACGAAAGCGUGAUAAUUCACUUGAGCUUUCCCAACUGGAAAACAAAAUCCUCAAUGUUACAACAGAAAUGCUGAAGAUGGCAACACGUUACAGGGAGCUUGAAAUAAAAUAUGCAUCACUAACUGAUCUUGUAAAUAAUCAGUCUGUGAUUAUCUCUUUAUUGGAAGAGCAAUGCUUGCAGAUGCUGUCACGACAGGACACCGACGGAUCUCCUCCUCUUGUUCAGGUGGUGCCACAGCACAUUCCUAACAGUCAGCAUUAUACUCCCAACCUUUUAGGAGGUAAUGAGAUACAGAGGGACCCAAGUUAUCCCAGAGACAUAAGGCCACCACCUGAUGCAGCUACUUCUCCUACAAAAAGUCCUUUCAGGAUACCACCAUUAACUUUAAUCAACGAAGGUCCAUUCAAAGACUGUAAACAAGCCAAAGAAGCUGGGCAUUCCAACAGUGGGAUAUAUAUGAUCAAACCUGAAAACAGCAAUGAACCUGUACAGUUAUGGUGUGAGAACAACCUGGACCCUGGAGGCUGGGCAGUUAUUCAAAAAAGGACAGAUGGAUCUGUUAAUUUCUUCAGGAAUUGGGACAACUACAAGAAAGGAUUUGGAAAUGUUGAUGGAGAGUAUUGGCUGGGACUAGAAAAUAUAUAUAUGCUGACCAAUCAGGACAAUUACAGGCUAUUGAUCGAACUAGAAGACUGGAGUAAUAAGAAAGUCUAUGCAGAAUACAGCAGUUUUCGUCUGGAGCCUGAAAGUGAAUUCUAUAGGCUGCGUCUGGGAACUUAUCAGGGAAAUGCAGGGGAUUCCAUGAUAUGGCACAAUGGAAAACAAUUUACAACACUGGAUAGAGAUAGAGAUACAUACACAGGAAAUUGUGCCCAUUUUCACAAAGGAGGCUGGUGGUACAAUGCUUGCGCACAUUCUAACCUUAAUGGCGUGUGGUACAGAGGAGGCCAUUACAGAAGCAAAUAUCAGGAUGGGAUUUUUUGGGCUGAGUACAGAGGAGGUUCAUACUCCCUGAAAGCAGUUCAGAUGAUGAUCAGACCCAUUGACUGA